GGGCGGCGGGUGCCGGUGCGCAGCGAGCCGGGGCUCCCGCUGCGCUGCACCGCGCGGAUCUGAGUCCAGAGAUUUCUGCCGAGGGUCGCGUGCUGCCAGGGCCCAGCCCAGAGCCCACCGAGCGCCCGACCCCUUUUGGGGCUGAGCUGGGGGCAUGCUCCAGCACCCCCAGAGCCUGGGAGCGAACCCAGGAGCGCCGCCGCCCAGCCCCAGCGCCCCGAGCGGCGGAACCACCGCUAAGGACCCUUGAACCGUCGUCUCCUCCACCAAGGCAACCUCUAGGGUCGGCGACCAAAGUCUGGAUUUCUGAGGAAAGAGCCAGCGUGGGAACCCAGACUGGACUCUUCUGGACCUCCAGGAAAGAGCUGAGCCAUUGCCUUUCGACUUUGCCUGCCCCCCCAGGACUGGGCAGUUGCCAGAGGCCCUGGGGGGGUCAGGACUGUGGUCUUCACCCCCACCCCCCAACACGCUGGGCAGGAUGGGUCCCAGUUAGUGUGUGUGGUCUCAUUCAGCUUACUCCAGACCCACAAGGAGCCCCUUGGGCUCUGAAAGAUUGACUUGCUGCCCUCUGGCCAUGGAGACGAAGCUGCCCCCUGCAAGCACCCCCACAAGCCCCUCCUCCCCGGGGCUGUCUCCAGUGCCACCACCAGACAAGGUGGAUGGCUUCUCCCGCCGAUCCCUCCGCAGGGCCCGGCCCCGACGCUCACACAGCUCUUCUCAGUUCCGCUAUCAGAGCAACCAGCAAGAGCUCACUCCACUGCCCCUGCUCAAAGAUGUGCCAGCCUCUGAGUUACAUGAGUUGCUAAGCCGGAAACUGGCCCAAUGUGGGGUGAUGUUUGACUUCUUGGACUGUGUGGCUGACCUCAAGGGCAAGGAGGUGAAGCGUGCAGCCCUCAAUGAACUUGUGGAAUGUGUGGGGAGCACCCGGGGGGUCCUCAUUGAGCCUGUCUACCCAGACAUCAUCCGCAUGAUAUCAGUAAAUAUCUUCCGGACCCUGCCGCCCAGUGAGAACCCUGAAUUUGACCCUGAAGAAGAUGAGCCCAACCUUGAGCCUUCGUGGCCACAUCUACAGCUGGUAUAUGAGUUUUUCCUGCGGUUCUUGGAGAGUCCAGAUUUCCAGCCCUCUGUGGCCAAGAGAUACGUGGAUCAAAAGUUUGUUCUGAUGCUCCUGGAGCUAUUUGACAGCGAGGACCCCCGGGAACGUGAGUACCUCAAGACCAUCUUGCAUCGGGUAUACGGCAAGUUCCUGGGUCUCCGGGCCUACAUCCGCAAACAGUGCAACCACAUCUUCCUCCGGUUCAUCUAUGAGCUGGAGCACUUUAAUGGUGUGGCUGAGCUGUUAGAGAUCUUAGGAAGCAUCAUCAAUGGCUUUGCGCUGCCCCUGAAGACUGAGCACAAACAGUUCCUGGUUCGAGUCCUCAUCCCCUUGCACUCUGUCAAGUCACUGUCUGUUUUUCAUGCUCAGCUGGCAUACUGUGUGGUGCAGUUCCUGGAGAAGGAUGCGACCUUGACAGAGCAUGUUAUCCGGGGGCUUCUCAAAUACUGGCCUAAAACCUGCACCCAGAAGGAGGUGAUGUUCCUGGGGGAGAUGGAAGAGAUUCUCGAUGUGAUCGAGCCCUCCCAGUUUGUGAAGAUCCAGGAGCCUCUCUUCAAGCAGGUGGCUCGCUGUGUCUCCAGCCCCCAUUUCCAGGUUGCAGAGCGGGCUCUGUAUUUCUGGAACAAUGAGUACAUCCUGAGCCUCAUUGAGGACAACUGCCACACUGUGCUGCCUGCGGUAUUUGGGACCCUCUACCAAGUGUCCAAGGAGCACUGGAAUCAAACCAUCGUGUCCCUGAUCUACAACGUGCUCAAGACUUUCAUGGAGAUGAAUGGGAAGCUGUUUGAUGAGCUUACAGCCUCCUACAAGCUAGAAAAACAGCAGGAGCAGCAGAAGGCCCAGGAGCGGCAGGAACUUUGGCGAGGCUUGGAGGAACUGCGGUUACGCCGGCUACAGGGGACCCAAGGGGCCAAGGAAGCCCCUGUCCCAAGGCCUACGCCCCAGGUGGCUGCCAGUGGGGGUCAAAGCUAGAUAAAUCUAGAACAGGAGAAGCUAGACCCAGAGCUAUCAGCCCCUCCAUCCCUUCUGCCCAGGGGCCCAGGGAGGCCCAUGCCUCCCCGUGGCCUUGCCAGCGUGGCUCUAGGACUCCCUACCAGCCCCAUGGGAACAGCUUUCAUGGAGGGGAGACCAGAAGGCAAGAUGGUAGUCUUGGCAGCAGAACUCUCAGGCCCUUGUGGCAAGAUUCUGGCAAGACUAGACCAGGGCAAGUCUUCGACUGGGAAGCUGCCAUCGGGGAUCCUCCCCUGCCCUACACAGCUAGGCUCCAGGCGGCAGCUGGGCUUCUCCCCCUGCUCCUGGCUUGGGCCAUGGACACUCAGCACCUGGCUUGGCCUGCCUUGGUCUGGUCAGGGCCUUCCUCAUCCCCAUCAUGGGGGCACAGUCUAUUUAUUCUGCCCAGCUCACCUUCAACAAGACAUUGUCCAGGGACAUCUUCCUCUCCUCCCCCUUGCCCUGAACUUCCUUAUCCCCUUUUUAUUUAUUGGGCAGGGGGAGGGGUGAGGGCACAGGCAAGAAGAGAGUCACAUUGUCCUGGGGUGAGGGGGGGUCACAGUAAUCAUGGUCUGCUCCCUUCACCUGGCUAGGGGGCAGACUUAAUAAAGAGCGAAACUCAA